AUCUCUUUCUCUCCUUGCAGUCCUUUCUAUAAAUAGCAUACGCAUACGAGUUUCUCACAAAGUCACAAGUCACAAACUUAUCAUUCCUUUUUGAUAACAAAGACGUUUUCAUAUCCUUACAUCAACGAUGCCUCUCGCAAUCCAAGCCUUCUUCGUCGCUCUUCUCUUCUCUUCCAUUGCUUCAGCAGCUAUCGUCGAGCAUGUUUUCCAUGUCAAAAAUGUGGUGGUGAAACCGUUGUGCAAGGAGCAAAUGAUACCGACUGUUAACGGAGGUCUUCCCGGUCCAACGGUAAACGUUAGAGAAGGCGACACUCUUGUGGUUAACGUUAUCAACAACUCAACUUACAAUGUAACCAUCCACUGGCACGGAGUGUUUCAGCUGAAGAGCACAUGGAUGGAUGGUGCGAAUAUGAUAACUCAGUGUCCGAUUCAACCAAAUAAUAGCUUCACGUAUCGAUUCGAUAUAACCGGACAAGAAGAGCAAUGGUGGGACACAGAUAUUGAAGCUCUCAAUUUACGGCCAGCUCCGAUUUCCGAUGCUUACCUCAUCAAUGGCCUCGCUGGAGAUUCAUAUCCUUGCUCAAAGAACAGGAUGUUUAAGCUCAAGGUAAUACAAGGGAAAACAUAUUUGCUAAGGAUUAUAAACGCGGCCCUCAACACUCACCUCUUCUUCAAAAUAGCCAAUCACAACGUGACAGUUGUCGCUGUAGAUGCUGUCUACACGACACCUUACGUCAGCGAUGUGAUGGUCUUGACGCCGGGACAAACAGUCGACGCACUUCUCACCGCCGACCAGCCCACCGGAAUGUACUACAUGUCGAUAAGUCCUUACACUAGUGCCAACUCGCUCGUACCGGUUCCCCCUAGCACUCCUAUCAGAGGCUUAAUCGUCUACGAAGGUGCCACGUCGACAACAUCCCCGGCGGCGUCGUUGAUGCCUGCAGGGGUGAACGCAGUACACACAGCUCACAGAUUUUCCUCCAACAUCACUAGCCUCGUGGGUGGACCCUACUGGACGCCAGUGCCUCGCCAUGUGGACGAAAAGAUGUUCGUAGCGAUGGGGCUUGGCUUAGACCCAUGCCCCUUGGGAACCAAGUGUAUUGGUCCGUUAGGUCAACGGUACGCUGGUUCUCUCAACAACCGUACUUUCGUGAUCCCGGCAACGAUUUCUCUUCAAGAAGCUUACUUCUACAAUAUCAGUGGAGUAUACACCGAUGAUUUUCCCGACCAACCACCGCACAAAUUUGACUAUGCAAAUUUCGAAGUUCGUGAUGAUUCUCACUACAGAAUGAUGUUUCCAGAGAGAAAGACAAGCGUCAAGACACUUAGAUUUAAUUCUACAGUCGAGAUCGUUGUGCAGAACACGGGGAUAAUAAGCGCAGAGAGCCAUCCCAUGCACCUUCACGGCUUUAAUUUCUAUGUAUUGGGUUACGGAUUCGGUAACUAUGAGCCAAACCGUGAUGCAAGAAAGCUAAAUCUGGUUAACCCGCAAAUGCACAAUACCGUUGGUGUACCACCAGGUGGAUGGGUUGUCCUCAGAUUCAUCGCCAAUAAUCCUGGUGCAUGGAUGUUCCAUUGUCACAUGGAUGCACAUUUACCAUACGGAAUUAUAAUGGCUUUCAUAGUUCAAAAUGGACCAACUCCAGAAACGAGCUUGCAAUCUCCACCGUCGAACCUUCCACAAUGUACUCGGGACCCGACGAUCUAUGAAUCUCCGACGACUAACGUGGAUUUGUCUUACUAGCUGGGCGUCGGUAAAGCUACCCAUGAAAGAAGAAAAAUAGAAACAUUAAUUUAUGGGAGAGAAAAGAGGAAUCGGAGGGACUGGAUUAUUCGUAACUCGAUAAUUGUCAUGCUCAUAAGAAACAAACAAUUCGUAGCAACAUUAUAUGUUGAUUAUAGUCUUAUUGUUUUUUUUUAUAGCACACAUAGUUUAAUGAUUUGUGUUUGGAACACUAUAACAUAUACAUUUUCUGACUCAGAAGCCGUAAGCACAUUCUCACAUAUAACUCAGAAGCCAAAAGCACAUUUUUAAUACUGGCGAAAAGAGAGGGUCAAACGAAAAUUGUUAAUUUGUAAUAUCAUCUUUCUUUUUUACAAUAUCAUGAAUUUUCUUGUAACCUCAUUUUAGUAGAAGUGGAG